GUGCGUGCAAAUCGCCUGUUAACCCCCGAUGACCUUGGCCAAUUCCGGGUAUUUAUUGCAAAAUAACCAAGAAAGGCGAAAGAUUUAAUUUUGAUAUACUACGGUGGCAUUGAUUUAAACUUCAUGCUAGCCCAGACAUUUUUUUACAUUUCCAAAAUACACAGUAGUCAGUUUUUAAGUUUUUUUUAAAUUUAAGAGUUUUUUGUACACUUUAAGACAUUUUUGGAAGAAAUGGAGGGCCAUGAAAAGGACCCAUGCCAAAUGAGAACCUUUCUAAACAGUGAUCCUUCAGAGGAUCAGCAACAGAUGGUGCUGUCUAAACCGGAAAUCUGGAAAAAGCAGAAGAGUGAGGCCAGUAUGAGACUAUUCACAUCGAUGAUGCUACACACGUGGCGCCAACGGCGUAAGGAAGUUCGUGAACUCCAGGAAGUGGUGCAGAAACUUCAAUAUAGAUACAUGAAGUCCAAGAAUGAGUUGCACGUCUAUGGCACAUUGAUGCGAGUGGAGCAAAAAAGGAACAGGGAACUGCAAAUGCAGUUAAAAGAAUCAACUAUGAGUAUCGGCCGAAUUCGAACCUCAUGCGAAUCCCUUGCCUCUUCGGUCCGCAAUCUCACAACCGAGAAAAUUCAAUUGCAAACGGACCUGGACCAACGCUCACAGGAGUACAAUCAUCUCGAGGAGAUGUCUGGCCAAACCAAAAAGUUACUUUUCACUGCCAACAUGAAAUAUUCUAACCUGCAGAGACAACUGACUGCCGAGCAGCGUACCAGUCAACACCUGAAGCACCAAAAUGACCAGCUGAUAAAGGAAGUUUUCCUGGCGGAGAGCAAAAAGGCCAAGUACAACCAGGUCAGGGACUGGUAUCACCGCCAACUAGCUCAAAAGGAAGAAAGAAUUAGUGCCCUAAAUGGAGAUAUCAUAACCUUAGAGAAGAAACUGCAAACCAUCAGCGAGCAAACCGAUGAGAUGGAACAAUUGCGGGAGAGCGCCAAACGUAUGUCGGCUGAAAUCACGGAAUUGCGCGGAGCGUCUCGAGCAAGUAGCCGGCUGAGCUUCAGCCGUAUCCAAAGCCAUUGGAUUGCCUCUUUUCAAGAAAGCCAAAUGUGGAUGAGGUUACGACGGUAUUCGUCUACCGUAAUGUAUAUGUUCUGUUUGUACCUGCUGCCCGGAAUACCUUUGACCCCUCGCCGCCAGAAAUAGUUUUACG